CCUCCCUCGACACAUUCUCGUAUUUCUCUGUUUGAAUCAUGGCUGACGAAGACUACUCCUUUGACUCGUCCGAUGCUGGUGCUUCGGAAACGUACCCCAUGGAAGCCGGCCAGGUGAAGAAGGGCGGGUUCAUCAUGAUCAAGGGCCACCCGUGCAAGGUCGUGAGCAUUGCCACCUCCAAGACCGGCAAGCACGGCCACGCCAAGUGUAACUUUACCGCGUUGGACAUCUUCACCAACAAGAAGUACGAAGACAUUGUGCCUUCGUCCCACAACUGCUCCGUCCCGUUCGUCACCCGCGCCGAAUACACGUUGUUGGACAUCACGGACGAAGACUUUGUGUCGUUGAUGGACGACAACGGAGACACGCGCGAAGACAUCAAGUUGCCGUUGAUCCCGGAAGGAUUCGGUGAGGAAAUCCGCGCCGACUUCGACGCUGGCAAGCAAUUGGCCCUCUCCGUGUUGAUGGCGUGUGGCAUUGAACAAAUCGUCGCCAAGAAGGAAGACCUCACCGAAAAGUAGAUAUUUUGUGGUUAACAGACUAGAGGGAAUUUAUUAUCUCUAUAUGACAACACAGAUGCUUCGACAGAGAAAACAACCUAGGUUUCGUUCGUGU